AAGCCCCAAGCCUUGCCUCUCGCCGGCGGAGAGUCGCGCCGCGCUCCCCGCGCCCCGCGCUCCCCUCUCCCCCGACGCCGACGCCGGCCCCGGGAGCCCCCAGCCCGGCUCAGGCGCGGACGGGGCGGGCGCCGGGCGGGGCGCGCACCCUCGCCGUUUGAAUGGGAGGAUCGAGGCCGGCGGAGACGGCGGCGAGCAGAUCCUGACGCCAGAGCUCGUUCCCGGCCCGGCGCCCUCGACAUGCGGUGGGAGAGGUGCCGCGCCCCCCGCCUGCGUCCCCGACAUGGAGGUGCUGCGGCGCUCCUCGGUCUUCGCCGCGGAGUUCAUGGACGCCUUUGACCGCUCGCCCACCGACAAGGAGCUGGUGGCCCAAGCCAAGGCGCUCGGCCGCGAGUUCGUGCACGCGCGGCUGCUGCGCGCCGGCCUCGCCUGGAGCGCGCCCGAGCGCGCCGCGCCCGUUCCCGGGGGUCGCCUGGCCGAGGUGUGCGCGGUCCUGCUGCGCCUGGGGGACGAGCUGGAGCUGAUCCGGCCCAGCGUCUACCGCAACGUGGCGCGCCAGCUGAAUGUCUCUGUGCAGUCGGAGACUGUGGUGACGGACGCCUUUCUGGCUGUGGCGACCCAGAUCUUCUCUGCAGGCAUCACGUGGGGCAAGGUGGUGUCCCUGUACUUGGUGGCCGCGGGGCUGGCUGUGGACUGUGUGCGGCAGGCCCAGCCCGCCGUAGUCCAUGCUCUCGUCGACUGCCUCGGAGAGUUUGUGCGCAAGACCCUGGCGGCUUGGCUGAGGAGGCGCGGUGGAUGGACCGAUGUCCUCAAGUGCGUGGUCAGCACCGACCCUGGCUUCCGGUCCCAUUGGCUGGUGGCCACACUCUGCAGCUUUGGCCGCUUUCUGAAGGCCACCUUCUUUGUGCUGUUGCCAGAGAGAUGAGAGGUCAGCAGGGCCAGAGGCCACAGCCAGGCCCUCCGACCCAGUAGGCCCUGACCCCCAAAAUCAUCACCCUCCUCCCUGUCCAAGCUGGGAGCCCUGCCCCAUUGCUGGAGGCCUGGUCCUGAGCCUCCUCCACAGGCCAGGGCCCUCUGGAAGGAGACUGGGGCUCCCCUGGGCCUGGAGCUGGGCUUCAGUGUCGACCUGUGGCCCCUCUUCACUGCUCCCCUUUGCCUGGGACCCCUGCUUAUCUCCUUUCUGUCUGGAGCCAGAAAGAGAGUUAACUCCCAGGCUCAAAGUCAGAGGAGCUGGGAACACCUAGCUGUCACUGGACAUGGGGGUCCCACCAGUGCAGGGGGCCAUGUCAGGACACAAGUCGGUCUCCGUCCCCAAGGGCAGUGGGCCCUGCACAUCUGGUCUGAAGGUGCCUCUGGCCUGGCCAGGCCUAGGGGAGCCGUGGGGUCUUCCUGACCCUGCAAACAGAGCGUCUGGCUUGUGUGCUCAUUGCUGACCCCAUUUCUGGAGGGGAGCGUGCACCCUAAAGCAGGGUCCCUGUGUGGCAGGGACUAGGGGAGUGGGGCCCAGGCCCCAACACCUGACCCAUGAACACGAGCCCACGGGCGAGGUUGGCGUGUGUGUGGUCCGAUUCCAGUAAAGUUUCUGGCAGUGGAGUGUGACCCGUCGCUGUCCUCGUGCAACCACCUGCGACUGGAUGGGGCGGUGAACCCGGUGUUAGGACAGGAAGCAUCGGAGUUCCCAGCAUCUCCCUGAUUAAGGCAGCCUCUGCUGCCACCCACCAUGGCAGGGAGCUCAGGCACACACACACCGCGCACAUCCACGCACAUCCAGCUGUCACGCGGCAGGUGCCCCGUCGCCUUCCUCUCCGUGGCUGGCUGCCGGCCUGUGUCAGCCACACCCAUGCCUUUGCUUUUCUGAGGGUGGCCUCCUGUCGGGGCCCACAGGGCCGGCCCCCCUCCCUGCUUCCUGGUGCAGGGACGUCUUCCUGAAGCCUGAGGGCUGUGGCUGGGGCACAGGUACUCCGGAGGGCUGUGGCGGGGCCUCGCCCAGCCUGUCUCCCUUUCUGUAGGACGAAGGGUUGAGCCAGGCACCUGCCGACGUCUCCUGGCCCAGCCCCCCACCUGGUCCUGAUGAGACAGGAGGGCCCCAGAUGAGGCUUUCAUGCAGGCACUUACCUCCCCAGGGCCUGCUGUUCACUCUGCCUCAGAGGCCAUGGCCUUGGCCGGGGCCACUGAGGGAGAAAAGGGUCGGGGCAGGCAUGCAUUCCUCUGCUUCCUGGAGGCAUCCUUUGGUGUGUAUCUAGCAGAGGGAAGCAAUGUGACCAACACAGGACUCAGAAGGCACACAGGCUGGCCGUCCUCACAGUGUCAGAGGGCACAGUGGAGCGGAGCCUCUUUUCUGACAGCAGCACAAAAGUAAACGUGAGCCCUAUGUGAGGAAAACUAAAUAAACCGAGGGACAUGCGAGCGGGGGGCACAAGUGCCAGGAAAUCUGUCUCACAGAAGAGACGCCUCACUAGUAAAUUUAUAAAUUUCAUGCAAUCCUUACGAAAAUACCAGCAUGGGUUUUUUUUUUCCUGGAUCCCAACAAGCUAAUUAUAGAGUUCACAGGAGAGGAAAAUUAAAAAAAAGCCAAACACAGCUGGGAAAACUCUUAAAAAGAGGAGGAGAGGGGAGGGCCCAGCACCAUCUCUGCGGGUCUGUCCCUGAACCACAGGGUGCCGGGCUCCGUGCAGACAGGCCUGGGUGGGCCCGAGGCAGAUCCCAUGCCUACAAUACCGUGUCUGUGACGGAGCGGCCCCUCAGAGCGGGGCAACCGCGUGCUUGCUGACGUGGGGGCAGCCGGUAAGCCCCCGGGGAAAAGCCAGGAACCGCAGGGGCGGAUUCCACAUGGACCCAAGAGCAUCUAUAACCAUGAAAUACCAGAAAAAAUGGGUGGCUUCCUUUUUAACUGGGGUGUGGGUAACACCUUCCCAAACAUGAUUUAAAAUCCAGGAAUAAUAAAUGGCAAAAUACUGGAAAAAGCUGUUCACAACACCUAGUAUUUUCAAAAAAUAUUUGUACCUUGAGACAGAAAGCAGUGUUUGUUGGGCUGGGGCGGGCAAAUGGGGGCGGCCGUCUAGUGGGCACAGGUCUCCCUUUGCAGCGACGAAAAUGUUUUGAAAGUAGAGGUGAUGGUUGCAUAACAUUGUGAAUGUACUAAAUGCCACCUAACUGUACACUUACUAUUUUAAUAUACUUUAAAAUGGUGACCUUUGUCAUAAUAGUGUAUUUUACCUCAACAAAAGUUGUACCUUAAAAUUAAGAAUAGUAGGAUUAAUAUUCCUAAUUCCAAAGAGCCCAGCAGCUCCAAACAUCCAGAAGAAAAACACAGAAUAUAAGAGAAAUGCAAACCCAAACUACCCCAAGAUGCCAUUUCUCAUUUAUUAGGAGGCCUACAUUCAACUUUGACAAGAUGGUGGUUCCCCCUCACAGGCCAGCAACCUCAAAGAGGCUGUGGGAAUGCAAAUAGCACACUGAUGGGGUGGCCCUGGGCACCUCACAUACGCAUUUAUGGACUGGCAGCCCCAUUUCUAGGAAUCUACCCUGGAGAUACACUGGCAAAAGUCCCAAACGACGGGCACACGAGGUUAUCCACGCAGUGUUACCUGACUUGGCAGCAGACUGGAAACGAGCAGAUGCCCUGCACUGGGGUGGUGCUGGGUCAAUGGCCAGGCCACCUCUUGGAGCAGCACAACUGCUGGGCAAAGGCCUCUGCACGGACCCGUGAAGUCAUGUAAGAUGUUCUGCAUGAGCAAAACUGACUUACGAGGACAGUUUGUGACAAAUGAGUCCGCACAUAAGGCUGGGGACACAAGCACCUAGACAGAUCACCUGUUCCAAUCAGAAUACAUUUUAACUUCAUGUCACCAGUGACAGGAAGGUGUGAAAACAAUAGCAAAAAGUCCAAAACCUCAAUCAGUCCUGUUAAUAACAUAAUUCUGAAAUAAUUCUAUGUAUCCUGUAGGACUGAGCAAAUAAUGUAAAGAACCAAGAUUUUCGUCUUCAAAGAGGUAAAACCAAAGAAUUUUAAAGUAACAAAUUUAUAAUAAAUUUGAUUUGGAAACACUA